AUGGGUUCAAGGCUAGAUCGCUUGGUCACGCUUCUAGAGACAGGGAGCACACAGGUCAUCAGGAACACAGCCGCUCAACAGCUGGCAGACGUACAGAAACAGCAUCCAGAUGAGCUGUUCAACCUUCUAGGGCGUAUACUUCCGUACCUUCGGUCGAAGUCAUGGGAUACCAGGACAGCCGCUGCCAAGGCCAUCGGUGGUAUAGUCUCGUUUGCAGAGAAACUGGAUCCCAAUGCAGAUGAUCCCACAGAUGAUGCCACUGCCGCUACUGCUACUGAGGCCAAAGCUGAACCUAAGAAGGAAAAUGGCGACGGACCGGAUGAGCUGCUCGAUCUUGAAACCCUGGACAUGCUUUCGGUUCUCAAGUAUGGUCAUAAGCUACUUGGCAGCGGUGGUAAGGAGUAUGAAUAUGCAGUUGCUGGCCUGGAUCCCAUAUCUAGGCUACAGUAUCAAAAGAAGACUUUGAAAGGGCGGCUUGGGCUCACCGGUCAAUACCCUGAAGAGGAUCUCAUCCAUGAUACCGAAAUUUCUAAUGGAUCACAGAGGAAACCUAGUCUAAUGCCCAGGCCUACCCCUACCCUGGACACCUCGGUCGGUCCGUUUGCUCGCCCGUUAAACCCACUUAACCGUGACUCACCGCUAGAGGAGGCUCCUCCAUCCGCCAAUGGGGACGACCAUGGCUUGAGCAAACGACAGCUUAAUCAGCUGAAACGGAAGAAUAAACAGACUGCCAAACUAGGCGCCAACAAGAUCCGUAUCGUUGAUUUGGCUGUUCGAAAGGGGUCUGAUGCCAUAACUACACCCACCGAAACCUCUACUCCACACCCAGUUAAGAAGGAAAACGGGGGUGAUGACCAUGACGCCAAAGAUGACUACUUCUCCAUCAAGAGAGAAGGCCCAGAUGACGACUCCAAGCUUGUAAAGGAGUUCAAGGGCGCUUUCGUCCCGGAGAAGCCCUUUAUUCAGACAGUUUCUUCCGAUGGUCAGGAUCUAGAAUGGCCGUAUGAGCGGAUGUGUGAGAUUUUGAUGGUGGAUCUGUUUGACCAGAACUGGGAUAUCCGUCAUGGAGCUGCCAUGGGCCUUCGAGAAGUAAUACGUGUCCAGGGGCAUGGGGCGGGACGGCAGUAUGGCAAGACGAGAGCGGAGAAUGAUGCCUUAAACCAUCGUUGGCUGAGCGACCUUGCCUGUCGUUUACUCUGUGUCUUCAUGCUGGACAGGUUCGGUGAUUACAUUUCCGAUAAUGUUGUAGCACCAAUUCGAGAAACUGUGGGUCAGACAAUGGGCGCCCUGUUGUCUCACCUGCCGGACAAAUCAGUCACCCGCGUUUAUCAUAUUCUCCAUAUGAUGGUAAUGCAGAGCGAUCUGGACCUCGACAAGCCCAUUUGGGAAGUGUGUCAUGGCGGUAUGAUUGGGUUGAAGUAUCUUGUUGCAGUCCGUACAGACAUUUUAAUGAAAGAGUCUGCCGUGCUCGAUGGCGUUAUUGAAGCUGUAAUGAAGGGACUGGAUAAUUAUGAUGACGAUGUCCGUGCUGUUAGUGCAGCAACCUUGAUACCCAUUGCAGAUGACUUUGUUAAACUUCGUGGCGGCUCCCUAGGCGCGUUAAUAGAGGUUGUGUGGAACUGUCUAUCGAACUUGCAGGAUGAUCUUAGCGCCAGUACCGGGUCUGUCAUGGAUCUUCUUGCAAAGCUCUGCACGUUCCCUCAAGUACUAGAGGCAAUGAAAGCGAAUGCUGUCCAUGACGCCAACUCCUCCUUUGGAAACUUAGUCCCCAGAUUAUUCCCAUUCUUACGACAUACCAUUUCCAGUGUGAGAUCGGCUGUUCUAAGAGCACUUCUUACCUUUCUCGAGCUUGACACCGAUGACCAGAACACCUGGGUGGAUGGCAGGUCCCUUCGACUAAUAUUCCAGAACUUGCUCGUGGAGCGUAAUGAGGCGGUUCUCAAGCUAUCAUUGCAAGUAUGGUGCGAGAUGCUGAAGGUCGCUGAAAAACAUAGAUUGAUGAGCGGGGAUCAGCUCAUAGGCUCCCUACAACCACUAAUAACAGCAACCAUGAAUCCGUUUGGUGUACCGCGAUAUCCAAUUCCAAUGGACGCCUGCUUGUUUAUUCGACCUUCCGGGUUACCUUACACAUCUGCUCCAUCAGGGCCACGACGACAAUCGCCCAAUACACCAGCUGAGCCCCCUGCGCGAGGCCGACGACGCAAGGUUGAAAAGCAGGAGCCAGCGCCAAUUAAUACACACAACGUUGACGGUCACAUGUUGCAGGGCGAUAUAGAUUUGGUCGGCUUAGAUACAAUGAUUAGAUCGAAGAUAUACGCUGCCUCUGCUCUUGGCCGCUUCUUGAAAGUAUGGCAGGUUGCGAACGGCGCAGAUUUAUGGCAGGGUAUACUGCCUUGCUUAAGCUGGCCUGGAUCCACAUCUCAACUGGCAGCAGCUAUGGUGAUUGAAGAAUAUGCAAAGAAUCGUAACCCCGGUUCCCCUUACCCACCUGCACUGUCCGAGUGGUUGAAUCCCCUACUUGAAAAUGAUCGACCAUCCUGGUACAGCGAUAUUGCUUGCUACUUGCAAAUCUCCAGAUCACAAUGCCAUUCUCUUCUAAAUACCUUCCGUGACCACGCGCACGUAUCGCCUUCCAAAUUGCCUACUCUCGCCGUUGUUGUCCAGGGAGAACCGGAAGCAGGACCUAACGCCUUUUCAAUACGGGAUGCUGAAAAGGUUCUAGGGCCUGAUUAUGAACGCCUCAAGAAAGAACUCACUCCUACCCAGAGACUAACCGCACUGCAAGUACUCAAUGACUCUCGUCAGACUGCACAAGCUAAUGUCGACGAGGCGAAAGAAAUCAAGGAACAGCGAGAUAUGCGAAUCAGAGCUGUGAUUGCUAGCUCGCUUGUUUAUCUACAGAACAUUCCCAAAAAGCCAAGCUAUCUUAUCAAAGCCAUGAUGGACAGCAUCAAAAAGGAAGAAAACGUCGAGUUACAGAGGAGAUCAGCUAGUGCUAUUUCGUCUUUAGUUGAGUAUUAUACAAGUGCCGCGAAACGUGGUCCUGUCGACAAAAUCAUUGGCAAUCUCGUCAAGUUCUGCUGCGUUGAUACUACGGAGACUCCGGAGUUCCACCAUAACGCUCACUUAGAGAAAGCUGUUUUAUCCCUGCGCAAGGAAGAGGAUAAGCGCGACCCGGUUGAUAGCGUCAAGUUUGAAAAGGAAUCGAAAGAAGCUAGAGUUAUGCGUCGUGGUGCAAAGGAGGCAUUGGAGCAGCUGGCUGGCAAGUUUGGAACACAACUAUUUGACAAAGUUCCGAAUUUAGCCAGCUUGAUACAGAAUCCUGUCCGAGAAGCCUUAGCCGGUGACCUUCCUGCCAAUAUAAGAGAUUCAUCAAACACUUUGGGUCAGGAAACCGUCGACGGGCUCUCAACUCUUCGAGCCUUGGUUCCUAAAUUUAACCCCGGACUAUACCCUUGGAUUAUUCAACUUAUGCCCAUCAUUGCAAAGUCGCUACAGAGUGAACUCUCUGUCAUCCGAUAUGCUGCUGCGAAAUGCUUCGCUACACUAUGCAGUGUUAUCCCUGUUGAAGGUAUGACGAUGCUUGUCGAGAAGGUUUUGCCUACAAUCAACAAUGCACUAGACGUCCACCACAGACAAGGGGCCAUCGAAUGUAUCUACCACCUGAUUCAUGUCAUGGAAGACCAGAUCCUCCCAUACGUGAUCUUCUUAAUUGUGCCUGUUCUUGGACGUAUGAGUGAUUCGGACAAUGACGUUCGGUUGUUGGCAACCACCGCGUUCGCGACCCUAGUCAAACUCGUUCCCCUCGAAGCCGGUAUUCCCGACCCACCAGGUCUCUCUGAAGACUUGCUGAAAGGCAGGGAUCGCGAAAGACAAUUUAUGGCUCAAAUGUUGGAUGUUAGAAAGGUUGAACCAUUCCAAAUCCCCGUUGGCAUCAAAGCGGAACUCCGGUCAUACCAGCAAGAAGGUGUUAACUGGCUUGCCUUCUUGAACCGUUACAACCUUCAUGGUAUUCUUUGCGAUGACAUGGGUCUUGGAAAAACACUACAGACGCUUUGCAUAGUUGCCAGUGACCAUCAUCUACGUGCGGAAGAAUUCGCUAAAACACAGGCUCCUGAGGUUCGCCGAUUGCCCUCUCUGAUAAUCUGUCCUCCCAGUGUUUCAGGUCACUGGCAGCAGGAGAUUAAACAAUAUGCACCUUUCAUUUCCUGUGUGGCUUAUAUGGGACCGCCUGGAGAGCGAGCGAAAGUAAGACCACUUCUUGAUUCUGUGGAUGUUGUGAUUACCUCAUACGAUAUCUGCAGAAAUGAUAGCGAAGUUCUUACUAAUAUAUCCUGGAACUACUGUGUACUGGACGAAGGACAUUUGAUCAAGAACCCGAAGGCGAAGAUCACCCUAGCAGUGAAGAGCAUUGUCAGUAAUCAUCGUUUGAUCCUGUCUGGAACACCUAUUCAGAACAACGUCUUGGAACUAUGGUCUCUUUUCGAUUUCUUGAUGCCCGGGUUCCUUGGGACUGAGAAGAUAUUCCUUGAACGUUUCGCAAAACCAAUCGCUGCCAGCCGAUUUAGCAAAUCAUCCUCCAAGGAGCAAGAAGCCGGUGCAUUAGCAAUUGAGGCAUUGCACAAACAAGUCCUUCCUUUCCUACUACGUCGACUGAAGGAGGAGGUCCUGAACGAUCUCCCUCCAAAGAUAUUACAGAAUUAUUACUGUGACUUAAGUGAUCUCCAACGGAAGUUGUUCGAAGAUUUCACUCAGAAGGAACAGAAAGACAUCGCCAACAAGGUGGGCAGCAGCGAAAAGGAAGCUAAAGAGCACAUUUUCCAAGCUUUGCAGUACAUGAGACGACUUUGCAAUUCACCUGCAUUGGUGAUGAAAGAAGGACAUAAACAAUACCACCAAGUCCAAAAACUUCUUGCCUCGAAGAACUCUCACAUCCGGGACAUUGCUCACGCUCCGAAGCUUAGUGCGCUUCGUGAUUUACUCAUUGACUGCGGCAUUGGAGUUGACCCUUCAGCUGAAGGGGAAUUGGCCACUGGCGCAAGCUACGUUAGCCCACAUCGAGCCCUGAUUUUCUGCCAAAUGAAGGAAAUGCUUGAUAUUGUGCAAAAUGACGUCCUUAGAAAGUUGCUUCCAUCCGUCCAAUUCCUCCGCCUUGACGGAAGCGUUGAAGCAACGAAGCGUCAAAAUAUCGUUAAUCAGUUCAAUACUGACCCCAGCUAUGAUGUUCUUCUUCUUACUACAAGUGUCGGAGGUCUUGGAUUGAACUUGACUGGUGCUGACACUGUGAUAUUUGUUGAACAUGACUGGAACCCGCAAAAGGAUAUCCAAGCCAUGGACCGCGCUCACAGAAUUGGUCAAAAGAAGGUUGUCAACGUCUAUCGGUUAAUUACCCGUGGCACCCUUGAAGAAAAGAUUCUCAAUCUACAACGUUUCAAGAUUGACGUCACCUCUACUGUAGUCAACCAGCAAAACGCGGGACUAAGCACCAUGGAUACCGACCAGCUUCUUGACCUAUUUAAUCUAGGCGAAACAGCAGACUCGGCGGAAAAGCCAACACAGGAUGGAACCGGCAAUGAAAUCGACAUGGUCGACAUUGACGGUGAAGUCAAAGAAAAGGGGAAGAAGGGCUGGCUUGACGACCUAGGCGAAUUAUGGGACGACCGCCAAUACGAAGAAGAAUAUAACCUUGACUCUUUCUUGGCUUCUAUGAAGCGUUAA